AUGGGUCAGCCAGGUCUUUUCAAAUUUCAUUUCAGUUCGUGUGGUGUCAAAUAUUCUUGCACAUUUUGUAAGAAAGAAUGGGAAAGUCGAUCACAUUUUUGCUUUCAUAUCUGGCAUCAUCAACAUGAAAACGAACAGAAAUGCAGUGAGUGUGACCAGAAGACUGGUGAAAGACAGAAAUUUGGAAUGAUAAAAAAGAAAAAUGAAACACUAUUUGUCUGUUACAUUUGUUCUAAACAGUGGACUAACAAGCAAACAUUUUGGCUUCAUGUCUGGACUCAUUAUCAUAAAGAUAGACAACUGUGUCAAAAGUGUAAAAAAAUUGAUGGCUUUCCUGGAAUGAAAUAUUUAAGGAAGCAUUUGUUAAUCAAACAUUGCUUUGAGAAGAACUUCACCUGCAAGCACUGUGGCUUUGUUGGUCUUAGGAUUGACCAGCUUCUGAAACACUUUCUGCACCACACCAAUUACAAUUCAUUAAAUAUGCCAGUUUUUCAAUGUAUAGAUAAUAACUGUGAAUAUAGAUGCAAUAAUUUGGAAGGGUUCCUUUCUCACUUGGAGACUCACAAUUUAAAACAAUUUGAGUGUCACGAGUGUGCAGAGACCAUGGACAGCUUAAAGGAACUUGGUCAACAUUUGAAAUUGAAU